AUGUUUGACUCGCCUCCUACAGUUGAUCCGCUUAAUGCCUCCCAUUCUCCGGUGAAGUCGAAGGAUGGAGGCUAUUUCCAAUGCGGGUUUUGUAAACGUCAUUAUAAUCGGGCUGAUCAUCUCAUUCGCCAUGUCCGCUCACACACCCGCGAGAAACCCUACGUGUGUGAUGUCUGCGACAAGGGAUUUGCGCGACCAGAUCUCCUCAAGCGUCACGCCACCGGUCACGCCCAUGAACGGGACCGGAAACGCAAGAGGAGCUCCUCGGUUACGAAGCAGAGCCGUGUUUCCCAGGCUUGCAAAGCAUGUGCCUCCUCCAAGUUAAAAUGUGACGAGGAGAAGCCUUGUAAGCGCUGCCGGGAGCGUAACUUACAGUGUGACUGGCAAGAUGUGGUUCAAGACUCUUCUCCAGAGCCACAACCGCACAAUGCCCUCGAACACCGAACAAUCGCAAAUCAACCGGUCGACCUGACAGGCUCGGUUGCCUUCUCACCUAUGCCAACCCCAAUGGAGGACUUUCCAGCCGCCAACAGUAUCAUUGUACCUCCCCAUGGGCUGGUCCCUGAACAGGGUAUUAUUUCUCCAGAUGUUCCGCCGCCUUCGGCGGGGGAACAACUGCAGAUUGAGUAUGGGGUGUCACCGACCGACCAAGAAAGCAGCAUCUUCAGUGUGGACGGCACCUUCUUUCCAAAUUUUAUCCCAGACUCAGUAAUUUCUUCACUAAGUCGUUAUAAUGACCCAUUUGAUCCAUCCACCCUGUUACCCGAGUUUACCCACUAUGGAGCCUUGGAAAACCCAGCUUUUGAUUUUAAUCUGACUGAUGGCGACUUUGGUCUCAUCGAUAUGUAUAAUGCAAGAAGUUUUAACCCAGGGAUGCAUGAGCACGAGCAAGAAGACCGCUUCGACGCUGACCGUGAAAUCGGCAUCGGUGCGGAAGCUUACCAUCGAUCAUCAUUCUCGCAAUGGAAACCCGCUCAGGAAGACCAUGCCUGCGCUGAUCACGAGAACUUAUCUGUGCCACGGGCUAUUGACUCCCCGGAAACUAGUGCCACGUCUGACCGACAAAUUCUUUCCGAACGACUCUCGUCAAGUAGUCGUGACCUCAUCUUUGGUCUCGUUCUUGAAAUUAGUCGUGAAGCCAACUUGACUCGAAUUAUGAAGUCUUUCCCAAGUACGGAGCUACUGGAUGGUCUGAUUCAGCAGUACUUUGAAUUCCAAAGCCACAGUCUAGACUCCUUCAUUCACGGACCAACAUUCCGACCCAACACUGAACAUGCAAGUAUACUUGCGGCUUUGGCAUCCGCUGCAGCUGUUCGGUCCACAAUACCCACAAUCAGAAAACUUGGAUAUGCAUUGUUGGAAAUCGUUCGCUUGUAUAUGCCGGUUAAGUACGAGAGGGAUAACAGCACCACUCGGGAUUUGCGAAGCUCACAAACCUAUGCAUUAACUAUCGAUAUUGGAAUCUGGAGCGGCAAUCGACGAAAAACAGAGAUUGCCGAAAGUUUCUCGCAGCCCUUGAUGACGAUGAUUCGUCGAGCUCUUCGAUUCCGUCGUACGUUUUAUACUACCAUUGUACCACUCGCGGAGGAUACUGUGGAAGUGCUUGAGCGAAAAUGGCAUGAGUGGAUUGAGCAAGAAUCAUUCAAAAGACUUGUCUAUCAUUGCUUUCUUCACGAUUCACAGACCGCAGUGACUCUCAAUAUCAACCCUCUUAUAUCCUACGCCGAGUUGGAGCUUCCACUGCCUUCAUCUCGCCAUUUAUGGGAAGCUAAGUCUGCAGCUGAAUGGAAGCAGCUCUACUGUGUGAUGACUCCCGAGCGUGUUCCUUCACUUGCAGACCUUCUGCGAGAUAUGUCCCAGCUAUCGGUAUUCCAAGACCGGAUUGAUACUCAGUUGGCAGCCUUUGUUCUUAUUCACGGUCUUUCUGCCUUAAUCAACGAGUACCAUCGACUCAAGUUUAUCUCAACAAGCAAUUCGAAACAUUGGCACGCCCUGGUGACAAACUCGCGACAGCAGGAGCUCGAUCAAGCGCUGCAACACUUCCGGAUGGUGUGCUCAGAGCUACAUGUCCCCUGUAGGCCCGAGAUUGUACUGGUGUGUGAGGUAGUCUCAAUGCUCCUCCACAUGUCUCUCGAGGAGUUACAGCUGUUUGCAGGAAAAGAGGACAAACAUGAAGCCCGGAGAGUCUACCAUUCCGCUCUUGAAUGGAUAACGAGUCCUGAUUCGCGACGCGCCGUAUGGCACGCAGGACAAACGAUUCGUGCGGCCCGGCAAAUGGCCCCUGGCUCACUCACCGGGUUUUUAGCUAUCGGAGUGUAUAAUGCUAGCUUGGCCUUUUGGUCAUACGGAGUUGUUUCCAGAGCAAAGAAUGCCCGGUUAACAGGAAGCCCCGACUCUCCCUCCAGCCAAGGACCGACCGUGUUCCUUGACGCGGAAGAAGUGGCCGAUGUUUCCAAGUUUGUGACCCUGGGCUGUGGUGUCCCUGCCUUGCAAAGCCUCAGUGGACCAGUCUUCAUUGCUGAUCCAGGGCCUACAAUGCAGCUGGUCCAGCGAAUACUGCGACCGGAUGCUUCCGAGAGCAUACCACCGCUGGUGCAGAGUCUUGCCCAGUUGAUGGGUGAUCUCGGACACUGUGUCCAGACAGGUGGGCCCUGA